AUGACUUCUCCCGUUCUCGUUUUCGGCCCGACUGGAGCAGUAGGCAGCGCCGCUGCCACUGAAGCACACAGGCGUGGUGCCAAAGUGUACCUCGCCAUGCGCGACACAAAGAAGCCAUUAAGAGGUAUCCAGGAAGCGGGAAACAGUGACAGCUUUAUCCGCGUUCAAGCUGAUCUGGCCAAGCCCGAGACCAUCAAGACCGCGGUCAAGACAUCUGGUGCCAAGACAGCCUUCGUAUACGUCGUACAUGAGGUCGAAGACGGCAUGCGAAGCAGUUUCGAAGCGCUCAAGGAGGCCGGUGUAACCUACAUUGUCCUCUUGUCUUCGUUCAAGGUCGAAGAUCCUCUGGACUCAGAAGCCAACAAGACGGAUAUGAUUGGCGCUCUCCACUCCGCAGCUGAAAGCGCAUUGCGAGAGACUGGCGUCUCAUACACCGCCGUCCGACCCGCAUACUUCAGUAGCAACGUGUUCUGGUAUACCGCAGACAUCAAGCAGGGCGAGGUCGAGAUCCUCUACCCCAACGUGCGGUUCGAUUACCUCGCUCCCUCAGAUAUCGGCACUGUGUGCGGCACACUUCUCGCAGAGCCACGAUUCCAGAAAGAAGCGGGGCAGUCGAUCUAUCUGUGUGGCCCUGAACUUCUGACCCAGCGUGAGGGUAUGGCUGUGAUUGGCAAAGCAUUGGGGAAAGAGAUCAAAGUCAAGGAGAUUGACGAGGAGAGGUGGUUCAAGAAGCUGGCGCACAUGCCUAAACCUAUACUCGACACACUGGCGCGGGGAAUGCGGGAGAGUAACGCCGGGAAGGAUGAUUAUGGCAAAAUCUACAAGGACGCCGUGGAGAACGUGAAAAAGUACACGGAGCGGGAGCCGACGAAGCUGGAGGACUGGGUCAAACAGAACAAGGCCGCUUUCGCGUAG